GUCCCUGGAUUGGCCGCCAGAGAUUCAUCUACUCCCUGGGCCUGCGCGAUGCAGGACGAGAGAAGAGGAGGGUGGGCAAGAUGGCGGCUACUGCGGCUGGUGUGGGCCGGCUAGAGGAGGAGGCGUUGCGGCGAAAGGAACGGCUGAAAGCCCUUCGGGAAAAAACCGGGCGAAAGGACAAGGAAGAUGGGGAGCCCAAGACCAAGCAGCUCAGAGAAGGGGAGGAGGAAGGCGAGAAGCACAGGGAACUCAGGCUGCGGAACUAUGUCCCCGAGGAUGAGGACCUGAAGAGGAGGAGGGUGCCCCAGGCCAAGCCAGUCGCGGUGGAAGAGAAGGUGAAGGAGCAGCUGGAGGCCGCCAAGCCCGAGCCCAUCAUCGAGGAAGUGGACCUGGCCAACCUCGCGCCCCGGAAGCCUGACUGGGACCUCAAGAGAGACGUAGCCAAGAAGCUGGAGAAACUAGAAAAGCGGACCCAGAGGGCCAUCGCCGAGUUGAUCCGUGAGAGGCUGAAAGGCCAGGAGGACAGCUUGGCCUCUGCAGUGGACGCUACCACCGAGCAAGAGGCCUGCGACUCCGACUGAGGCACGCCGUAUCCCAGGCCUGGCCUGUGGGCCGGUAGCCUUGGGUAGGGGCGGGGCUGGGCUUGCUGUUACCGCCAGUUUGGCUCCAGAGCCACAUUGCCUCAUCAGUCCGAAACCCUUGCCAUGGGGUGAGGUCAGCUCCUUGUUUCCUAAGUGGUCCCCAGCAGACUGAGAGGGCCAGAGCCAGUAGCAACCGUGUGGGCUUGCUGUGUGUACAUAUGUAUGUAUUUGGAACUUUCUUUUAUCUCUAGAAAUAGAAGCAAGCAGACCCA